AAACAUCGACGAGCCCAAACCUCUGUUUGUCGCGCUUAGGAGUAGGUCGGGGUCUCAGCAAUUAACCAAAACAAUCCAGAAUUUUCCUUCUUUGAUAACAAUGAAUCAAGAGGCAGAAAAGAAAAGGAUACGUUCCAGAAAACCUGACAUGGCUUUGUAUGUCCCCAGAGGCCGUCGAGUCAAUGAUGCGCAAGAAGAGGAUGAGGGCGAAUCAGAGAAGGAUCCUGCCAAAGUACAACCUUCUGCCAGAGAUGAGCCCUCUUCACAAGCUCAUAAUAUUCCUAGCAAAAGCUCAUGCAGAGUUUCAAAGGUUCAAAAGGCACAUAAAUUUAGGGAGAAAAGGGGAGGAAAGAGCAAGGAAAAAUGUUUGAAGGAAAUUUUGCAUGAAGAUGAAAUUCAUAGUAAAAAGGAAAAUAUGAAAAGCGAUAAAAUUGCACAGUGUGCAGUUGAGAAUGACAGUAAUGGCAAGAAGGAUGCAGUUCAGAAUUUUACCAAAGAAGAAAAACAGAGUUGUAAAAACUCAGAAAAUCUUGAGAAAACAAAGGAACAUUUUUUUAAAAAUGGUGAUGUUGCUUUGGCUGAAAGGAGAGAUUUACAACUCCCAGAUCAAAGCUACUCCUUAAAUAAAAAUGGUUGGGAACAGACUUAUAGCCCUCAUGAUUUUGGGGCAGAAGGACACACUGAAGCCAAAUAUGAUGAUUUGUCAAAAGAUAACUUGAAUCAUCUCACUGAAGAAUCCACUGUAAAGGUAUUUCCAGAGGAAAGUGUCCCUAGAUUGUCCCCAGAUCUUGAAUCAAGAAAUCCAGACACUUCAUUAGUGGAGUCUAAAGUUGAGGAUUCACAGAAUUUGGAACAAAGUUGCAAUCAUGAAAACUGUGUUGUUGAAACACUAUUACCACUUGACCUCAAAAUCCGAGAAGAAGGGUCAGAUAUUUUAGUAACAGUUGGAAAAGAAGAGCAUAAUGACCAAGAGAGCUGGGACUCCAUGUUUAAUGAUGAUGGUGACUGCCUUGAUCCUCAUUUGUUGGAUGAGGUUAUUAAACAAGAGAAGAAAUCAAAGAAGUCUAUUCAAGAUCCUCAGUAUGAUUACUAUAAUUACUCAGCAGAACCUGAUUUGGAGCUCAGAGAAGAUGAGUUGUCUCACAUUAUUGAAAUAUAUGAUUUUCCCACAGAAUUUAAAACUGAGGAUCUUCUACGGGCCUUUAACAGUUUCCACCAAAAGGGAUUUGAUGUUAAAUGGGUGGAUGAUACCCAUGCCCUGGGACUUUUUUGCAGCCCAAUUGCAGCUCGUGAUGCCUUAAAGUUGAAACAUCCAAUGUUGAAAGUCAGACCACUUUCUCAGGCAUCCUCAGCAUCAAAAAACAAAGCCAGGAGGUGCUCAGAUUAUCUCUUACCUGCUAAAGAACGUCCUCAGACAAGUGCAGCUCUUGCUCGCAGGUUGGUAAUUGGAGCAUUAGGUGUUCGGAGUCCACAAACCAGGGAGGAGAGAGAGGCAGAAAAGAAAAAGCUUCAGCAAGCACGUGAACAAAAGCGAUUGGCAGCAAAGCAACGCGAAGAUGCAUGGGAAGGGAAGUGAUCAACUUUUCCUUCAAUGUAAAAACAUUGGACACAAGUUUUUUACUUGCCACAUCACUCCGUCAGACCCAGCACAGACCUAAGAAGGAGGAGCUGAACAGAGAGAAAUGAAGGGUUCAUAUAGGAGGCAUGAGGAUGGAAGACACUUAAAACAUUAAUUUGAUUUUUAAGUCAGUUCCUCCUUAAACAAAUUUAUUUGAUUUUUGUUUAUUUUAAAAUUAUAUUAAAUGUACUUUGUGUAAAUAUUGUAUAUUUUUCUUCUUUCAAAAUUUUCAGGUUUUGCCUUGGUUACUGUAAAACGUGAAACUCUGUAAUUUAAUAACAGUAUUUUUCCUUUUUAAGUUGAAAUCCAAAGUUUUUACAGAAAAAAACAGCUACAUCACAUAUUAGACAAAUGUCUGAUUUCAUCAAUGUUAUUGUUAUUUGUGCACCUCAGCCUUUUCAGGACUGCAAAUUGAAAUGUUUUUAAUAGUCUAGGUAAGGUUUAUUAUUUAUAAUAAUUUUAUUACUAGUUUAAGUAAUAAUAGACAGCUGUUAAUUGUAGUUUGGAUGAAAGUGUUGAUUAAUUUGGUGCAACAUAUUUAAUACAAAGACAUACAUUAAAUAAACAUACACCAUAUGCUCCAAAGAAAACAAUACCUGUGUUUUUAAAUAAAUAAUUUGGCUGUAUUAUUUUAGACAUUUUAUAUUUGAUAUGUAAUUAAAUCAGUGGCUUACGUAUUUUAUUUGUGAUUUUAUUGAUUGUUUCAGAGUCCUCUUUUGUCAUCUUAAAUGUACACAUAUAUUUUUGUGUGUUUUUUAUUAUUAGAAUAUUUCUGUUGACAAAGUAAUAUUAAUAAUUACUUUUCUGUUAUACUAUAUUCUUUUGGAAGUUUAUGACUUGUAGAUAAAAAUCAACUUUAUAUUCUCAAAUCUAAUUUACAUGCGUAGCAAGAUAAAGAAAAGAAUAAGAAGGGGUGGCCCAGAGUUUAUACAGUGUUCUGGUACCACAUUAUGGCAUCGUGUACAGGCCUGGCAUCUAACUUGGGCAGCAUACAGUAGGAAACAAGUGAAAGUGAAUUAAAGAGAAAAUAAAUAAUGUAUACUUUUAUAUAAGCACUUUACUAAAUUUACAGGAAUCUUAAAGGUUUCAAGGAUCAGUUCAAUAAGUGUAUUAAACAUUAGGGGUUUGACUUUUUGAAGAAUCCACUUAGAGAUGCUUCAUAAAAUUAAUUGCGCAAUCUGUAGUGCAUGCAAUAAAAAGUCAAUGUGUAAAUGAUAGUGUGACACAAAUGUUUAAAUCGCCACGACCUGUUAAGGAGUUUUAUGUAAGAAUAAUCUCUUCACUGGUAUAUAUUAAAAUGUUUGACUCUUU